AUUUGCAAAUCAACAUGGCAGUCAGUAGAGGGAUUGUAAUUGAGAAGUUUGAAUAUGUACAGAUAUGUGAAAAUAUUGUAGAUCGUUUAUAUAAAGUCCUAUGGGAGACAAAUAAAAACAAUAAUGUAAUUAAGUUAAAAAUACCACGGUAUAAAUUAAAACAAAAUUUUGAAUCGUUAUUCAUAAAAUACAAUUGAAUCAAUAACAUAGGUUAUUCGAUCUAAACUGUAAUUAAAAAAUGACAACAUCAAAAGAAUUAAAUUUAGCUAGAAAAAGUCUCGUUGCAUCGCUUGGAGAAAACGCAAAAGUGUAUUUUGAAAAGAUGAAGCUCUGGUUCCAGAUGAAAACAACCAAAGAAGAAUUUGAUUGCGAGGCAAGGAAUAUUAUGACAGAAGACCAAGUUCAUCUUCAUAAUGAAUUUCUUUUGUGUUUGUUUAACAAGGUCAGGGGUUUAGCUGCUGCUACACCAACUCGUAAAAUAGAUAGAGACAAAGCCAUAAAAGAGAAAAGACUGCGAUUAAAGCGUAAAUACAAAACAGACAAAUCAAAUUUUGAGCCAGCAGAUAUGUAUGUUGAAGUAUUAAGCCAAACAUCAUCACCUGUUGGAGAUGAACCUAUUGGAGCAAAUCGUUCUAGCGCACAAGAGCUUGUGUUGCCAGACAGAACUUUUGUUUUAGCCAGAUUGAUGCUUGCAGCAUGGGAAAAUAAUAUGGAUGGUGCAGAAGAGAAUACAGCACAUAUAGUUAUAGCUGCUACUCAGAUUUUUUUGAAAAAUAUACUAACAGCAAUAUUUACAAGGAGAAAGGGAUACACAGUAAGAGAUAACUCUUUCAUUUGCAAUAUUGGAGAACCAGUACCUAGUUCAUGGAAACGGAAUUCCACUUAUAUAUUACGAUCAUCAGACCGUACUGCAACAGAAAUAAUAGAUCCUUAUGGUCAAGUACCUUGCAUAAAACCAAAUUUUGAAGAGGCAGAACAAGCUACAGCAUUUGCCUAUGCAUGCUCUCCUCAGACUAUUCCACCUCCACUGAAACCAGUUAAUGCAGCUGAUUUACAGCAUACACUAAAGAUGUACAAAAAUCUUGUUAGCAAUCAUACCAUUUAUGCCACUAAUAUGGAGCGUUUAUUUACAUAUGCUACACAUCCAACAUGGGAAGAUUUUGAAGCUAAAAAACUAGUAUGUCAACAGACUAUAACAUAAGUACCAAUGAUUGUAAAUAAACUAUUUCUUAAGAUGAAUCAUUUAAAUAUUAAGUAUUAGAGUGAAUGUUAAAAAGUUGCAUGUAUUAUUUAUGAUGUUUUUUACGAAAUAUACUUUGGUAAUAAAAUUUAAAAAACUGAAGUCAUAUUACUAUAUCCUACUAAAGUUCUUUUAAUAGCUUUAAAAAUCAAAAUUUUUCACUUAAAGAGGUACCUUUAUUUAUAAUAGUUUACAGUAAAGUGUGAUUAAGA